AUCAGUUAUCCAAUAGAAAGGAGACACGACGAAAUCAAUGACACGAAUUACGAAAUGGCCUGCUGUAAAUAAAACCACCCGCGGAAUGGGUUAGGUGUUGCCGUUAUUUGUUGAUUCGAGAUUUCCACCUGCUUCUUCUCUUCUAUACACAUUUUUUUUCCUCGUUAACCAUUUCAGAAGACAAAGCCGGCCAGUGUUCGUCGCGGGAUUCAUACAGCCGAGGUUUAAACCACAAUGGAAGGUCACGUCCCCGGCGUUGGCCGUGUUUUGGUAUUGGUUUUAUGCAUAGCCGGAAUUUGGUCAGCUUAUAUAACUCAAGGAGUUCUUCAGGAAACUGUUUCCACCAAGCGGUUUGGACCAGAUGGGAAACGGUUUGAACAUCUUUCAUUCUUGAACUUAGCUCAAAAUGUAGUUUGCCUAUUCUGGUCAUUUAUAAUGAUAAAGCUCUGGUCCAGAAGUAGUGCUGGUCAUGCUCCCUGGUGGAGUUAUUGGAGCGCUGGCAUCACCAACACAAUUGGUCCAGCUAUGGGAAUUGAAGCAUUAAAGUACAUCAGUUACCCAGCACAGGUCCUUGCAAAAUCCUCAAAAAUGAUUCCAGUGAUGCUGAUGGGAACACUUGUUUAUGGAAUUAAAUAUACUUUUCCUGAGUAUGUAUGCACUCUCCUUGUUGCUGGAGGGGUAUCUGCAUUUGCACUUUUAAAGACUAGCUCAAAGACCAUAAGCAAGCUAGCCCGUCCAAAUGCACCCCUUGGAUAUGGUCUUUGUUUCCUGAACUUAGCUUUUGAUGGAUUCACAAAUGCAACUCAGGAUUCACUAACAGCAAGGUAUCCAAAGACAAGUGCUUGGGAUAUAAUGCUGGGAAUGAAUCUAUGGGGCACCAUAUAUAACAUGGUAUACAUGUUUGGUUGGCCACAUGGAAGUGGAUAUGAAGCAAUCCGAUUCUGCAAGCAGCAUCCUGAGGCUGCAUGGGACAUCUUUGUCUACUGUCUGUGUGGAGCAGUGGGGCAGAACUUCAUUUUCCUAACUAUAAGCCGCUUUGGCUCACUUGCAAAUACUACCAUUACUACAACCCGCAAGUUUGUGAGCAUCGUGGUGUCUUCAUUGUUGAGUGGUAAUCCUCUCUCAAAAAAGCAAUGGGGUAGUGUUUUCAUGGUUUUCUCUGGGUUGUCAUAUCAGAUCUACCUCAAGUGGAGGAAGCUGCAGAGACUACAGAGGAAAAAACCCAUGUGACGAAAGAUAUCUUAUUUUUAACACAUUCAUCUUCUUUUUGUUACAAUAUGGGUCUAAGCCUUGAGGUUAGUGUUCCCUUCAUUUUAGGUAGUUUAAUCGGGAUAUCAAUCAAUGUAAUUUGAAUGGAUCUCUCAUGAUAUAUACUUGGUGUAAAGUUGCAGUUUUGACAUGUAAACUAGUCUCCAGUUGUUAAAUUUAUAUAACCUGCAUGAUUGAAUUUUCUGAA